AUGAAAGGCGCUUCCAACAUUGACAAUGGCAUUACAAUCGACUUGAAGGACUUAAAUACCAUACAACCAAGCCAAGAUAAAAAGAUUGUAGCGUUAGGCUCGGGCCUGAAAUGGGGUGACGUGUAUACGGAGCUGGCCAAACAUGGAAUCCAGGUUAAUGGUGCGAGAGGCUCAGACGUUGGCGUUGGUGGCUUCACCACAGGGGGCGGCAUCUCGUACUUCGCCAACAAAUACGGUUGGGGCUGCGACAACGUCGCCAACUACGAAGUGGUCACCGCAUCCGGGCAAAUUCUCAACGUCAACCGCACCUCCUACCCAGACCUCUACAAGGCCCUCCGAGGCGGCGGUCCCAACUUCGGCAUCGUAACGCGCUUCGACCUCGAGGCCUUUCCACAAGGCGACAUCUUCUCCGGCAGCCUCAUCUACCCCUACUCUGAACGCGCCAGCGUGAUCCCCGCCUUCUCCAAAUUCGCCUACAGCACCGACACCAAAGUCCACACCUGGAUGUUCGUCCUCAACCUAUCUGGCCAAAAAGUCUUCAGCGUCCUAAACAUGUACUCUUCCCCCAUCGUCGAUCCUCCGGUCUUCGCAGAGAUGCGCUCCAUCCCCCAUCUCAGCAGCGACACCGCGAUCCGCAGCCUCGUCAACAUGACGGACCAGAUCGCCGCGCAAGGCCCGGCCGGAUCCCGCGACAUGUUCUGGACGCAUACGUUCAAGAUGGAUGAGGACUUUAUAGCGUGGUUUGUGGACAUGUUCUACGCGGAGACGGACGCGAUUAAGGGGAAGUACGACGGCUUAAACGCACUUCCACUCAUCCAGUUCCUCACGCGCACGAACCUGGCGCGGUGGGCGAGGAACGGAGGGAAUGCGCUGCCACUACGCGCUGCGGGCGGGCCUUACAUCAAUAUCAUUUUCGCGCUGAUGUGGAAGAAUGAGGCGGAUGACGAUGUGCUGAUUGCUACGAUUUCACGGGUGAUGAAUAAGGCGAAGGAGGAGGGUAUAAGGAGAGGGAUAUUCGAGGAGUACGUUUAUAUGAACUACGGGAGCGAGUAUCAGGAUGUGUUGGAAAGCUAUGGGGAUGCGAACAAGGCAGCGUUAAAGGGCGUGGCGAAGAAGUAUGAUCCCAAGGGUGUGUUUCAGAAGUUGAGGCCGGGGUAUUUUACUUUUAGGGGGGCGCCGAGGGUGGAGGGUCCUGGGACGGGGUCGUAG